GGUAGCGGCUGGGGUCAAAGCGGUGCGGGCCGCGCUGACAGCAGAGCUCGGCGCGAUGGAUCCUGCACCGGGCGGCUCCUACCGCCGCCGCCUCCUGCUUCUCUCCCCGGCCUCCCCCGCUUCGCCCGCCGUGGUCAAGGCUCUCUUUCCCGCCGAUCUUUCCCCGAUCUCCGACCUCCGCUUCACCAUGGAGCAGCUGGGACACGGUCAGCGUGAAAACACUGAGCAAGAUCUGGGAAACAAGACUACUAAUGGCUUACAAAGGACAGUGUCAUCAGAAUCAACAGACUCAGGUUGUGCUUUAGAUUCGCCUGGACCUGCACCCUCAAAUGAUAUCAUGGAGGAAACGUUUGAGAAAGCAAUUCUUGCAUCCAGCAGACUGAAUAUUCGGAUGCCUUUCAGAAGAAUACAUUCACUGCCACAAAGCCUCCUGGGAUCCAGCCCUGCUCUGAAGAGAACCCCUUCCGAUUCUCUGGAUGGUGAUGCUUUUCAACUGUUGGAACAAGACGAAAAUAAGGAGAAUGAAUCGUUUGAGUUUAAGAAGCCAACCAAACCAGCUUCUCGUUGUUCUGUGCACAUCCAUUCCCGUGAUGGAAAAAGUGUUCCUGGACCAAAGCAGAAUUCAUCUCCAGCUCAGACAUCAGGUGAACAGGAAAACGAUGGGCCAGCUUUCCUGCAGAAGUCUUCUCUGACUUCCUCUGAAAGUGAAGAUGACGAUGGAUUCUUAGAGCUGCUAGAUGAUCAAGAUUUGCAGAACGACGAGGAGGUGCCAUCUGAUGUGGCGAGCCUCUGGACUGCACCGCUAGUCAUGAGGAAAACAGACAGUCGGGUCAAACGGUGCCGGUUGUUUGGCUCUUCCUCUCUGCCCAGUGGUGUAGGAAGAACCACCCAGAAAAGGAUGGAGAGAUCCCAGGAAGAGAAUUCUCCAGGAAAAAGCAAGAAGAGGAAAAGCCUGCCUGGAACACCUUCUUCUGAGGACACAACGAGCCUGAAAAUGGUGAAGAUGCAAUCCUCCACAGCAGAGAUCGAAAGCAUUUUGGACAGUGACCAGAGAGACCUUAUUGGUGACUUCUCAAAGGGUUAUUUAUUCCACACUGUCGAUGGGAAACAUCAAGAUUUAAAAUAUAUUGACUCGGAAAUGAUUGUGUCCGUGCUGACCGGGAAGUUUGCGAGCUUCAUCAAGGAGUGUGUGAUAAUUGAUUGUAGGUACCCGUAUGAGUACGAGGGAGGACACAUCAAGGGUGCUGUAAACCUCCACAUGGAAGAGGAUGUGGAAGAUUUCUUGCUCAAGAAGCCGAUCCAGCCGUCGGAGAACAAACGAGUGAUAAUAGUGUUCCACUGCGAGUUUUCCUCCGAGCGGGGUCCUCGCAUGUGCCGGUUUGUGAGAGAGCGGGACAGGCUGGGUAACGAAUACCCCAACCUCCACUACCCGGAGCUGUAUGUCCUCAAGGGGGGUUACAAGGACUUCUUCUUAAGAUGCCGUAGCUUCUGCGAGCCCCAGAGCUACCGCCCCAUGCACCACAAGGACUUUAAAGAAGACUUGAAAAGGUUCCGCACCAAAAGCCGAACCUGGGCCGGCGAGAAGAGCAAAAGGGAACUGUACAGUCGCCUGAAGAAACUCUAAAGGCUGAAGUGACCGAGCAAAGACUGUCUGUUGUGGGGGGGGAGGGCUGCAGCGGGAGGGAGACGUGCCUGUUCCUCGCUCGUGGUUAUCAGGCACCGGCUCCUCCUCGUACUGGGAACGCCGCGGAGCUCGGGGCUGCUGGCUGGGAGCUGACUCUUCUGAAUAUUCGCGUCACGCCGCUUCGUGGAAAUGGUUCCCCGUGUUGUGUGACACCCCCAAAGUGCCCAGCAGUCUGCCCAGGGAGGGGUGGGGGCAGGCCGUCGUGUGCCACGUGCACGGGGCUCGGCUGGCACGUGGUGUAACCAGUUGAGGGUAUUUUAGUGCCUGCUAUUUUUUUUUUUUUUUAUGCUUUGUUUUAUUUAAAUACAGUCAAAUGAAGCUAA